UCAUUUCAUCGAUUUGACGAAAAAUCGGGGUUGAAAUACUUUUGACAGCGUGUUCGCGCAACAGAUGGCUCGCAUGAUUGUUAUAUUAAGGGCCAAACCAUCUUGUGUUAUUCAUCUGGAUAUUUGGAAGUCUAAACUCAAGUUGUGAACAAAAGUAUUUGUGGUAUUGUGAUCUGUGUAAUCAGAGAUAAAAGAAAAUGGCUCGAGUUCUCGGCGUUGCUGUACUCUUCACAUUGACAAUUGUUCAAAUGGUGAAUGCGGACUCAAGACUGUGUCGUGGUCUGGCAAAAUUUCAAAACUGUGGAGAUGACGGCAGAAUUUGCGUGUGUGCGAAUGAAAACGUCGUAACUACUGGAAACAAAGCGGAGAAUCCCUGCAACAAUCUUGUCUGCAGAUUCCCUGAUUGCUAUUACUACACCGGUAUGUAUUCCAAACCUAAAAAGAUACGAGGGGAAUUCGUGACUUGCUUCAGUAAUGCCGACUGUGGAAAAAACUUCGAGUGCACAAUAGCUGGCUUUUGUUGUCGUUCUGGAAAAGUCGAUUUAGCCUAAAAAUAAUGUAUUGUGGUCAACAUCUCCUAUUCGAUCUAACCAACAUAAUGACCAACCUAAGAUUCAUCAAUAAAAUAGUAAACAAGCUGAAUGAAUAAAAUGAUAAGCAAGCAAUA